GUUAAGUAUUCUCAUCAGACGUCGAGUUUAAUUGUUUACGAUUUAACAGUUCAACUGAGCUUGCCCUUUUUAAAAGCCUUAUUAUUUAUUACAAAUUGGCAUGAUUACAUAGACACGAUGACGGUUGAUUUCAAUGAUUAUUUUUGGGGGGAGAAAAACAAUGGAUUUGAUGUGCUAUAUCACAAUAUGAAGUAUGGACUUGUGGCAAGUAAAGAAUUUGCUGAUUUUCUCAGGGAAAGAUCGAAUAUCGAAGAGAAUAAUUCUAAGUUAUUAAGUAAGUUAGCAAAGCAAGCUGGUAGUUGUUGCGUCCAUGGUACUUUUGCACCGCUAUGGCAAGUUUUGAAAACAUCAGCAGAACGUUUGUCCAUUCUGCAUAUGCAAAUGGUACAAAAAGUUUCCGAUUUGGUAAAGGAAGUUAGCAAAUAUGCAGAGGAACUUCAUAAGAAACAUAAGUUGGUUAAGGAGGAAGAAUCUGGUACCCUAGAAGCAGUCCAAGCGAUGCAAACAGUUACUUUAAAUGUGCAAAAAGCAAAAGAUACCUACAGUCAACGUGGACUUGAACUUGAACGAUUGCGUAAGGAGAGUACGUCGGCCAAGGAAAUAGAAAAAGCUGAGCAGAAACUGAAAAAAGCCCAAGAAGAUUACAAGAACUUUGUCGAUAAAUACAGUAGCGUUAAAGAGGACUUUGAGAAGAAAAUGUCAGUGACAUGUAAGAACUUCCAAGAACUGGAAGUGAAUCAUUUGCUUCACAUGAAGGAAUUCUUAAAUAAUUAUGCAGAGGUCGUGGAAUGGACUCACGAGCAGAUGGGGAAGGUGCAUAAAGAGUUUCGACAGCAGUGUGUUGAGCUCACUGUCGAUCAGCUCCUAGAACAAUUUGUACGGAGCAAGUCUACAGGACUUGAACGCCCAGGUGCAUUAGAUCUGGAGGACCCGCUGACAUCUCCCACCCAGGAACUAGAACCGAAGCCAGCAAAGCGCGAAGGUAAUGGUCAUAGUGAGCAGACAGUGCCAACACAUGCCAAAACAUCCCGUCGAACCACCUCUCUCCUAAAUUUGUUCAUGUCUAACUCUCAGGGCACACGCGAGAGUCGGGCAGGUCCUUGCAGCGCACCUUCAAGCCCCACUAGUCCUGAGGGCGAGCAACAGCUGACACGCCAAUCGCACAGAGGAUCUAAGUGGUUCCUAAGGAGCAGAAGGGAUAAAGCUAAGCAGAAGAAGUCCAAGAAAAAAGCUAAGGAUAGCGUUGACAACCAAAGCAACAAGGAAGAAAAGUCUGACUUGGAGGAAAAGGACGAUUCUCAGAAAAGCCAAAGGACUGGUGAACCGACAGAUCCCACAGCCCAGGAAGUAGACGAGGACGGUUAUGUUAUAAGACCGAAUGUAUCUCACAAUUGGAAUAGUGAAAAAGGAAGUUUCUAUUCAUCAUCAGACUCUGAUUCAGAUGAUGAUAGGGAGCGCAAAAUACAUGUCGAAAUAAAGCCACUAAAUAAUGGUUCGGCGCCAAUGUCAGCCUCAGUCGAUGAACUCCGAGCCACAGUAGAAAACAUGUCAUUGUCUCCAACCGGCGGCUUUGGGAGACGUGGAUCAAACUUGGACUCGGACUUGUCAAUGAAACGCUCUCAGUCUGUGUCACAGCAGCUUGGAAAACCAAGUAGUGAUUUGUUAGGCCUAAGCUUUUUACAAAGCCCUACUGCUUCGAAUGCAUCGACGCCUACUAGUUCACACCCCUAUGCCCCACUACAGAGCCCAUCACAGCUAGCUUUGAAUUCCCCUACUCUAUCCGUGUCUUCAAAAUAUACAGAAUUAGGUGAAAUAUUCUCCGAGGACGGCGAACUUCAGCAGCCUCCAGCGAAACAGCCUCAUCGUCAGUCUCAAACAACUUCUGGCUAUAUGUCUAUCCCUAGACCUCCAUCACGUCGUUCUGAUCCAUCAAGAAAUUUGAUGGCUCAAAGUAGCAUUUCGCGUGCAGAUAGUAUCAGUAGUUUGGAGUUCCGCACUGCUUGUGUUCCAAUGGGCGUCUCCAGGGGCCCCUCGCCUUUAACCAUCGGGAUGGCAGACACCAUUCCUUUAGCUGUCGCUUUCCACGAGAUUGUUCAUUCAUAUUUUCGAGGAGCGGAUGAAACCAGGUGUCAGGUGAAGAUGUCGGGGGAGAUGAUGUUAUCUUUUCCAGCAGGAAUAGUAACAAUUCUUGCGAAUAAUCCAAACCCUGCGAAACUAGUGUUUAACGUAAAGAAUACUCAAAGAUUGACCAGUAUAUUACCAAACAAGCAGUUAGUUGCGAUUGACAAUGGGCAAUCAUCACCCGAUUUUAUAGGAGUGGAAUUCAAUAUGUCCGCUCUUAGCUCUUUAUUGAAAAGACAGUCCGAACAGAAUCCCAGUGCUUCUUAUUUUAAUGUUGACAUAUUGAAGUAUCAAAUUAAACCAAAGCCAGGGGCAAACUCUUGCCCAUUUCAACUGGUAGCCUAUUGGAAAUGUUCAAGUGCCCAUACAGAUCUAAAAAUUGACUACAAAUAUAAUUCACACGCUAUGAGUUCACCCACUCCUCUAUUAAACGUUACUGUUGCUGUUCCCGUGCUUGGCUUAGUAAAAAAUAUGCAGACAAAGCCUAUAGCGCAAUGGCCUACUGAAAGCAAUAGACUUAUAUGGAAAUUUACGGAACUGUCCCAGCAUUCAGAGAAUCACGGUGUGGGGUCGGUAGCAGCUCGCUACGACUUAGAAAACGGUCCAGGGGCUCCGCAAACUGUUUCGACUCAGUUUAACUGUGAAGGAACGACAUUGUCUGGAAUAGAUUUCCAGUUAGCCGGACCCGGUUACAGAUUGUCUCUAGUUAAAAGGAGAUUCGUUUCCGGGAAGUAUAUUUGUGAUGGUGACCAGAAAUACAGUUCGGGUACUGGGACACCAUCUACAAUUUCAACAGUGUCUUCUGUUGGUGAACCUAACUGCUAGCAUUCCUACAUAUCUUAUGUGCAAUACCCUUAUGUAUCUUAUAUAUUUGUAUGUCAACUAUUUUUAUUUAUGACUAUUUCCAUGUUAUAUAGCCUAUAUAUUAUAUAUAGUUUA